AUGAUUGACCUUCCUCCAGUCCCAGUUCGUCAUACCGACUGGAUUGAUCAUGUCGCUGCCCAUUCAGAGACAUCACUGCACACCUUGCUCGAGCCCUACAAGGAAUAUGACUCCAAGCUGCGCGAGGUGUUCGCUCAGCAACCAGAACACCCCGCCAUUGCGGAGCCCAACAUCCUUCCCAUAUUCGCAGGCCGCGAAAGUGAACUCAAGAUCCGCGCUCGCAACCCUGAGGAUGAAUCCGAGGCUGAGCGUGAGCGCUAUCUCAUGCCUCUCGACGAGGAGGACCGCAAGCCGACUGGCUCUCCGGCGGUUGUGCAAUCACUCAAUGAGUUCCAGACCAACUUCCAGCUCUUUUCCGAGUCAUCGCUUGUUGACAUGGACUGGUCCAAUGUGGUGGUCGCAGGUAGCGCUGUUGUAACUUCGUUGCUGCCGGUUCCAGAGGAACAUAGUGGCUCCAAGCGCGCCCUACGCGAAUACUAUCAUCAGAAAUUGGCCCCGGCUUCGGAUGUCGAUCUUUUCCUCUACGACCUUACCGAAGAGCAAGCCAUUGAGAAGAUCAAGCAGAUUGAACAACGCAUCAGAGACUCCAUAUUGACAGAGACAACCACCGUCCGUACGAAGAACGCCAUCACCAUCGCUUCCCAGUAUCCCACUCGUCACGUUCAGAUUGUCCUGCGAAUUUACAGAUCUAUCUCCGAGAUUCUCACAGGCUUCGAUGUUGAUUGUUCCUGUGCGGCAUACGAUGGCAACCAAGUCUACGCCAGUCCCCGUGCGAUCGCUGCAUACAUGACGCAGAUCAAUACCAUCGAUCUGACCCGCCGCUCCCCCUCAUACGAAAACCGCUUGUCCAAGUAUGCACGCCGCGGCUUCGAAGUCUACUGGCCGCUCUUUGAUCGGUCGCGCAUUGAUCCUACGCUGUUCGAACGCUCCUUCGGUCGCACUCUCGGACUGGCCAGGUUGCUAGUACUUGAGAAAUUGCCGAAAAGCACCGACCGUGACGCCUACGUUGAUCAGCGUCGUGCUGAACGUGGCAGACCAGCCAUCAAUCGUUGGGCCACGCAGAAGCUCAAAGGCGACAUCAAGCAACAGCAUGACGAAGAUGUUGCCGAGUGGGUAGAGACCGAUGAGGUCAGCGAUUACCAUACCUUCACCAUCCCAUAUGGGCCGAAGUUCCACGCUCGGAAGAUUGAGAGGUUACUGUUCGCGAAAGACUUACUACUCAACGCCGAAUGGAACCGACCUAAGGAUCGACAGACCACACUACAUCGACACCCUUCCUUCUUUGGAAACGCAAUCGAUGUAAUUGGGGACUGUUGCGGGUUUUGUCCCGAGCCUACCACACCAGAAGAUCAGGAGAUUGCAGCUGAGGAAAGCAAGAUCUAUGUGUCUGGCACAUUGUCUUUCAUCAAAGACAACCCUGGACGGCAAUCAAUCGGCUCUUUUAACCCUCUUACUGAUGAUGAUUGGACCGAGAUGGCAUAUGUCGGCAAUACAGCGCGACUGUGUCAGGCUAUAGUGGACGGAGAUCUCGAGCAUGUGCGGGAUUGGCUCAGUCAAGAGGGUGCUGAUCCCAACCGAAGGGACUACACUGGGCGUACUCCACUUCAUUUGGCGGUCAUGACCUCAACUCCAGAGGUUGUCCAAGCUCUCAUCGAUGCUGGAGCUCGCAUCGUAGCUCGCAUCUUCGAUGGUAAGACCGCGCUCCACCUCGCUGCCAUGCGCGGUGAGGCAGAGAUGGUCAGAGCUCUUCUCAUCAAGAGUGAGGCCAACGAAGAAGAAGAGGCAAAGAAAGAAGCUCUUAAGAAGAAGAACCAGAUCCUCCUGGAAACACCAGAUGCUACCAGUACCAACGACACCGAGGAACAUGCUUCCGAUGACGACAGCGAGAACGACGACGAUGAGGAUGACGACGUCGAUUUACUUGAUGAUGAGUCCGAUAAUGCCGAUGCGACUACUGAAGGCUCUGUCAUCAAGAUAGACCCCAAAAAGUCAGAAGACCACGAUAACCUCCCAGAUGAUGCAAAUGACGACGAGCCCGAUGUGUACGACGUCAACGUAGUCGCCUGGGACGCACCGGUAUCUGCGCUUCAUCUGGCCAUUGCAAACGGCCACACCGACGUCGUGAAAACUCUCGUUCAGGAGUUUGGAGCCGAUGUACUAUUGCCGGUCAAGCUUGUCAACGACUACAACAAGUCUCCGCGCGCGGCGAUCCUGCCAGUCGUUCUCGCUUUACAGCUCUCGCCUGAGAAGGCCAAGGACAUGACUAGAUUGCUCGUCAGCCUGGGUGCAUCGCCGGCACAGGGCGACACCAGCCACAUCACGGCGUUGCACUACUUCGCUGCGCAUGGCGCCGAUCUGCUCACCACUCUAAUAUCCGCAAACAAGCCUUUGGCGCAACAAGCCGCCGAUCACAUAUCGCUGAGUGGCUAUUCGUUCAGACCCACCGUGAACAGUCCUCUGAAGACAGCCAUUGAACAUGGUGAUGCCGCUGGAGUUGGUGCACUUCUAGAGCUGGGCGCGAAGCCUGAGCUUGACUUCGCCACUUACUCUACCGUUGCGAAAACCAAGGGGUUUCAUUCGGCAUACCACACUGCCGAGCACAACCAGAAGACGUUCAGAGAAAACGUCGAGCAGCCUGUAUUCACUGCACUUCGUUACGAGGCACUGUCGAUAGUCUUGAAGCUUCUGGAUGCUGGAGCAGAUAUCAACAGUCUUACUCCCAAGGCUUGGUGCGCGCUGGACAAGAGCAACAACACACACGACAACGAUACGGGCACCCUUUUGGAUAUUGUUCGGUACAAUGUGCGAAAACUACAGACCUUUAUCGAGAAGGGCAAAGUUGAUGGCCAAGAUGGGUGGUUGUGCUCCGAAGGCUGGGUGGACCGCAUUGAUAACUACCGGCGGUCCGAGCAAUUCGCCCCAGUACCGCUCAAGGAAGAUACUGAAUAUCUUGGAGGACUCGAACCGGGUACCUACGCUCAUUGGAUGGUGAGUGAUCAGAUCGACAGCGCCAAACGGAUCUACGAACAAGACUUGGAGAGCCACGAGAAGUGGAAACAAUCUCAGAAAGAACCCGAGGGUACGAGUGAGAAGAAGUCGGCUGUCCAGGCGCUAUUGAAAGAGUUCGAAGCAUUGGAGUCAGAGCUGCUCAGACGACAGGCGAAGACCUUCAAAGAGCUGCAUCCAGAUACCGAAAUCAGGAUACCCCCACCACAACAGUACAAUUAUGGUAGCUAUGGACCUGACCCUCCAAAGCCGUGGAAUCCGUUGCUCACCUUCCGGCUUUCUGACCUGACCGACGAACGACGGGAAGCUUACCUCAAGUUGUUCCAAGCCUGCUGGGAUGGCGAUCUUCCGACGAUCAAAGAGCUUACCUUGUCGAUGUGGGGAGAUAAUCAGACUCCCCUGCAAAUCGCUGUUCAGAACUCGCAGGAUUACUCGCCGUUCUCUAUCGCCAUUCUGCGGAAGCACUAUGGAAUCGCUCGUGCUGUCUUGGAGAUUGCACAUGCGCAAUAUGUGCCCGAAGAGAAGCCAUUGGUCAAACACAGUCUCCAGCCCCGAGAUGAUGACGACGGUAGCAGUGACGAUGGUGAGGAUGAUUUCGAGAUCUACGCUGAGAUUGUGGAUGAUUGCUUCACUAUUGAGAACAUUGGAGAGGUGCAGAGUCAAGUCAAAAGCAAUGUGACGUCACUCAAGAUGAUGUCGUGGACGUGCCCGGCGUUCCGUUUUCUCGAACACGAUGCUGCAUCGGUCUCACCCUGGCUUCCACACCCAGAGCUCUCAAGCAGCCUCCGUGGUCAACCGCCUUUGGACUCGUCUAGUGGUAACCCGGUACCCGUCAAGAUCCCCGAGGAUGUGCGGCCGCAUAGUCUGUUCCAAUUGGCAGUCUAUCUAGACGAUGCCGAUCUACUACAAUUCCUGAUCGCCAGAGCUCAGGAGUACACGCAACACAACACCGAACUCGACGAUGAGACUGCACCGAGGUUCUUCCGUUUCGACGAAGCCGAGUUCUGGUACGCGAUCCGCUUGAGUCGUACCCGCCUGCUAGGAAUCAUCAUCAAGAACACUGGGGCUGGCAUUCCUUUGGACGAUCUUGUGAAGAAGAGCGGCAUCGAGAUACCCGUGAAGCCAAAGUACUACCAAGGGCUAUCGGUGCACGGCAGGAAGCGAGCGGACUGGGCGAAUGAAGGGAGAGAGACCCAGACGAAAGCAGUUGGGGCGAAGCAUCCGCCUUUACUUCAUGCCGCUCGUUACACAAGUUUGGAGAGCGUCGAGUGGUUCGCUAGUGACACCGCUUUGCGCUGUUAUAUGGAGUUUGCGGACAGUCAUCGAGACGAUAUUCGCAUCCAGAACCUGGCGAAGACCCAAGGCGGCCUACAGUCGUCUAUCACAAAGUGGCUCGACCUACGCUCGCAUCUACUGCUCCAUUCGGUGGUUCUGGGCAAGGAGGGUGAAGAGUCGGUGAGCCUGCUUCGACAUCUAUGCAAAACUCAUCCCAAGGCGAUUGGACAUCGUUCUGCGAAUGGCAUGACGCCCCUGCAGCUUGCUUUCUCUCAGCACCGUGUCGAAAUGGUGAAGGUUCUUCUGGAAGCUGGUGCCGAUCAAACCACACGCGACAACACCGGAGCGAACAUUAUCCACUCAAUCCUGCACAAACAUUUGAACUACCAGCUAGACCUAGAGAAGCUCCGCGAGCUUUUGGCGCUCAUCGACACUCGCCUUCUCUCUAGCCUGUUCACCGAACGCACAACGGCGGCUCCUGGCGCAGCUACACCUCUUGCACGCUGGCUUCACGUCGCUCUUCCCCACAAUUCAACAAGUUAUAACUCGGAGAGCCACGAAAACAUUCUCAAACUUCUUUUCGAGCUCAACAAAGGCGACGACCUCAGUAUCGUCAAUGGCGAGGGCGACACGCCUGUCCAUCUUGCCGUACGGCGUGGUACUGAUCAAGUCUUGCGCGUCAUGCUCCAAUGCCGUCCUGACCUUCUCUUCCGUGAGAACGCAUCAGGACGUACGCCGUUUGAGAUGGCAGAGGAUACAUAUCUGGCUCAAGAGGUCUUCAGCAACCCUCCGCCUCCCAGCGACGCAGGGCAAAAUCGUCGCCACAGACAUCUUGGUAUCGGGAACGUGAAUACUAACGUGCUUUCACGACGUCCAGAAUCCUUCGUCGAAAAGUCCCGAGAUACUCGCGAUGCUACGACAAAGGUGUGGGAAGUCUGCAAGGAGUUUGCCGAGAAGAAUCAAGGGCAGAAGAGGAAGCUGGUCAGCCUGGUCGAGGCAAAUGAGGUUGCGAAGCGACUGGCAUUGCGGAAGCGGAAUGAGUCUACGACGCGGGUGAGGGGGAGGCGGUUCAGGCGCAGGCAUGGCAGAGUUGAAGCCAUCCACGACGACGACGACGACGAGCUUGCCACAGGCGACGAGGUCGAUGCGUGGUUUGGAGCGCAUGGAACGUAG